CAAGCUCAAUUUCUCAAACCUGCUGCGUGAUCAUUUGCGCAAAUUCCCACAGAUGACUAAAUAUAGCCUAUGUAGGCCUAUGGGGUCUUUUGGAAGUUACCACGUCCUUAAUAAUGUCUAAAAAGGGGUUACAUUUAUAGCCACAAGCGCAGACAUAGCCCGCCUAUCUGUAUAAGCGAUGUAAAGGGUGUCCACUUAUUUUAAUAAAGGGGAAAAUUUAGAAGAAGCCAUUCAAGAUUAGUCAGAGACACGAUUGUCGCCGUAAGCAGAGUUGAUAUUAGUGCAUGCAGGACCCGGUGGCUGCGGUCUGUGCUCGACUGUGUUGAAGCUGCCGCUUCCUCAGCAUCAGCAUCUCUCCAUCGACUCGCAUCUUCUGGAAAGCUCGAGUGUCCUGACGUGCAGAAGAGGACACGGCCGAAUAUAUCGGCUUGGAGUUGUUUAAAGAAGGAAGUUUAGAGCCUGAACAGAAGAGGCAAUGAAGUCUAAUCCUUCAGUAGCAGCUUGUUUUGUGUUAUUAGCAUGCCUGUUAUGUAUGGUGGGUGUGAUCACUGCAACGAAUCCAUACCAGAAACCCAGCUUCCUGGAUUUUAACUCUUGGUUCUGGAACACCCCUCGAGGGCCACAGAUGUACUCCUGCAUUACUUACAUUGAGAAGAACCUCCGGGUUGACUGUGAAUUCCCAGAGACCCACAAGAUCCCUGGGCCAUUCUGCGAGUUCAAACAGGACGGGCGAAUCAUGGGAUCCACCUACCCAAACACCCCGGUCCACAUGAUCCCACCUAUCGAGACCCGACGCCGUGCCAAUGUGACCCUUGUGGAACCUAACAUUUGUCGCCUCACCUGGAUGCCAAUGUCAGACGACCGUGCGUACACCUACACCUGCAGGGUUUAUCAGGGCAGCACCUGGAAGGAGAACAGCAUGGCAUUCCACCAAAGAAAUCUUCUGGUGUGCUCUGCAUUAAGUAUAUUCUUUCACUCUGGACCUUUGAUGGUCGCAGUCAUUAUUUCACUUCCCGUUUCUCUUGGGCUUCUGUCAGCAUGACCAGACCUACAGUACAUCGAGCAGGCUAAAACUCAAAGCCAUUCUCACAUUCAACUGCCUUCCACAUUUUAAUUUACAUUUAUAUUUAUUAAUUUUUUUUAUCUUACAUGGUUAUGUUGCCUUUUGUGUUGGUUUUUCUUUUUUACAGCCCCUACAGUUUGUGGAGAUCAUCAUCAUUACAUCCUCAGGAUUCACAGUGAAUAAAAACACAUGAUGCAUGUGAUCCAGUCAAGUGUAUAUGCCCAAAAUGCAGUUAAACAUAAAAAGAACAUUAGUAUCCAAUGCAAAUUAGGGUGGUGAACAUGUUCUUAUCACCUAAAGACUUCCAACUAAAUGCCAUUUGAAGGUAGUCAAGUUGCAAACUACUAUUGUUAUACUACACUACUGUUCAAAAGUUUGAGGCCAGUAAGAGUUUUGGAAAAAAAUAAAAACACUUUUAUUCAGAAAGGAUGCAUUAAAUUGAUCAAAAGUGACAGUAAAGACAUACAGUUUAGGUCAAAAGUUUACAUACACCUUGCAGAAUCUGCAAAAUGUUAAUUAUUUUACUAAAAUAAGAGAGAUCAUACAAAAUGCAUUAUUUUUUAUUUAGCACUGACCUGAGACAUUUACAUCUAGCCCACAAGAGAAAAUAAUAGUUGAAUUUAUAAGAAUGACACAGUUCAAAGUUUACAUACAUUUGAUUCUUAAUACUGUGUUUUUACCUGAAUGAUCCACACCUGUUUUUUUGUUUUUUUUUUUUAAAUGAUAGUUGUUCAUUAGUCCUUUGUUUGUCCUAAACAGCUAAACUGCCCACUGUUCUUGAGAUAAAUCAUUUUAGAUCCCACAAAUUCUUUGGUUUUUCAACAUUUUUGUGUCUUUGAACUCUUGAAAAUCAACCCAACAAUGACUAUAUGACUUUGAGAUCCAUCUUUUCACACUGAGGACAACUAAGGGACUCAUAUACAA